AUGGUGAGCUGCUGCAAGUGUGCAGUGUUUGGGUUUGUGUGUGAGGAAGCAGUGUGGUUGGAGUCGGUUCAGAGGUGUCAGAGCUGAAACACUUCCUCGUUGGUCGCAUCAGAGAUUAUCAUCCUCUCACAGCCCACCUCAGAGCGCAAUGACCUCACAUGCGUCGCUUCUAACUUCAUAUAAGUCUCAUCUCAGUUAAAGCAAUCGUGUGAAGUUUCUGUGUGAUGCUAAGGAGCUCCGCAGGAAUGUGAAAUUUGAUAACUGAUCCAGGUGUAGAGCAGGUGUUCCUUCCCUCUGAGUGAUGCCUCGUUCUUUCUUGGUGAAGCGAGGAGGGCUGCACCACCUCCGGCCUGCAGCUAGAAGCUCCAGUCCUCGAUCGACCCCAUCGAUGUUCAGCCAGCUGGACAAAAACGCCGCUUCCUGGGGUUCCUCCUUGGAAAACUCUGCAGAAAAAACAACUGAUAAUAAAGCAGUGUCCAUUGUGUUGUUGCAGCAGGACCUCCCUGCUGCCAACAGCUCUCAUGGAAAUGUGCACAUUCAGCCGUUCAGUCCCAAAUCUUAUGACUGUAGAUCAUCUGAGCCCUGCAGUCCCGUCAACACAGAAACUUUCAUCCCAGUGGAAAAAGUCGACUCUCAGCUUCUCACACCAACAGUGUGGUCGAGUCGUCGCGUGAGCCCAGGAUAUCCAGACCUGACAGCACUGGGAGACUUUACUGAGCAUGCUCAGAUCCUCAGAGAGGCCAGAAACAGCUCAAAGAUCAGUGGUCCGAGACAAGAGUGUCCCCUUUGUAGCAAAGUGUUUUCGUGUCUGUCUAGUUUGAAGACUCACAUAUGUAAGAGUCAUGGAAGCAGAUCUCGUCUGUCAGCAGCUCACGUCAAGUCCAGGCAGGCUGAUAACGAGUGGUCACCCUGCAGAGGCAAGGAGAAGACGUUUGACUGUGCAGAGUGUGGAAAAGUGUUCAAGCGCUCCUCCACCCUCUCCACCCACCUGCUCAUACAUUCAGACACCCGGCCGUAUCCCUGCCAGUACUGCGGCAAAAGGUUCCACCAGAAGUCCGACAUGAAGAAACACACCUUCAUACACACCGGAGAAAAGCCCCAUGUGUGCCAGAUAUGUGGAAAGGCGUUCAGCCAGAGCUCCAACCUCAUCACCCACAGCUGUAAACACAGCGACGACCGGCCUUACCGCUGCCCUCGAUGCCUCUACAGCUUCCAGCACAAAGUGGACCUGCGGCAGCACCAGGAGCACCACUGCGCCUGCCGCUGACCCCGACACAACCAAGAAACAGGAAAAACACCUUUAAAACAGGAAGCUAUUGACUGUGUUGCUGUCAGGACCAGAUCACGUCUUUCAUCCAAAGCUGUUGUAGUUUUUAUUUCAUGUGUAAUUGUCUUUUAGGAGACAGAGGGAGGAAAACAUUAUUCUUUUUCAUUGAAUUCAUGGAUAACUUAAAUAUGUUUGUUGAGGAAUUCUAAGGAUUGAGAGUUACUUUCACGUUGGAAGCAAUAUUUUCACAUGAUUCUCAUGAUUCAUUGUGUUCAUUUUUUCUUAACAAUGUGUGAAAAGCUGAGACAGGAGGCAGAGGUCAUUAUGUGACUUUGAAAAGAAAAGAACAGAACACAACCAGUGAAUUCAGUUUGUGUUUAUUUCCCCUUUGGUUUGUAGAAGUCCACGGUUGAUUUCCCUCCACAGUGCACAGAUUUAACACUGAAGAAAUGGAGCUUUGAGUCAUUCUGGUGACACAACAGGAUUCGAUUGCACCUUUCACUCUAGCAGCAGCCCGAACAAAUAGUAUAAACCUGAUGUGGUGCAGUAUUAAGUUAAUGAUCAAACUCCAGAUGUUACCUCAACAGCUGUGCGGUUAAGUUCACAAAGCUACAGUGGAUAUUACCGUCUCCUUUUCUGCAAAUUAUCACAGCAAGUGUUCACACCGAGUCCAAUUACCAGAGACAUUAUUGUGUUUAUUUACCUCACCACAAAUACAUGGCAGAGGGUUCCUGUAAUGAUUUGUAAGAGAUUUUUCUUGCCGGAGGCUUCAUUUAACAUCAUCAAACUGUAGUUUUCGGGUUUUCAUCGCCGUUAUUGUCAGCUUCUAUCCCUCCUGCAGAGACCAGAACAACUGAGAAUGCAGCAGAGCCAUUGUGCAAGUUUACUGAUUUUGUACAACAAAACCUCCCUGCUAGUCAGGAAAUUUGUCAAUAAACUCAACUGAAUUUUG